UCCCGCAUACACGUCCGAGUGACCGGUAAUUACCCCGAUAAAAGCAACAAGGCAAUAGUGUAAUUGGAAAAAAAAAGUCAUGGCCAAGGAAAUUCUGAACAAAGUAUCGGCCAAACUGGGCCGAAAGUCCUCGUUGGGUAACGUGCCGCAGCGCAGAUACACGAAUGAGGAACUGGAGAUACUGCACGCGGAGCCCGAGACCCAGGAUCACGUGAUCCCGAUCAAACGACUGUGCGACAAGCUCAACAGCCAUCCAAGCCAGGGAAUGAGCUCGGAGGCUGCGGCCCUCGUGCUCGCGGCCAACGGCCACAACGUCCUGACCCCACCCAAGAUGACGCCCGAGUACGUCAAAUUCUUCAGGUGCAUGUUCACCGGGUUUGCCACCCUACUCUGGAUGUGCGCCUUACUUUGCCUCGUUUUGUACGCGAUUGGCCAAAUAACUGGCCACGACGAGGAGAACAUCGAAUACAUGGCACUCAUAAUCACCGUCAUCUGCCUGAUAUCCGGCGUAUUCGCUUACAACCAGGAGAGCAAGAACACCAAGAUCAUGGAAUCGUUCAAGAACAUGGUACCAACUAUGGCGACUGUCAUUCGGGGCGGUGUCAGGCUGCAAUUACCAGCCGAGGAGGUUGUCGUCGGCGACCUGGUGGAAAUACGACUGGGCGACAAGAUACCCGCCGACAUAAGGAUCAUCGAGAGCAGGGGUCUCAGGGUCGAGAACUCGAGUAUCACCGGAGAGAGCGAGCCAACGACGCGGACGGAUCACCCGACCGAUGCCAAUCCCCUGGAAUCGAAAAACGUAGCUUUUUUCUCGUCAUUUGCUGUCUCUGGCGAAGGCACGGGUAUUGUGAUAGCGACCGGCGACAACACGAUGAUCGGCCGGCUCGCCGGUCUGACGACCAACCUGUCCACGUGCGAGCCACCGCUGACCAAGGAGAUCAGGCACUUUGUCCACUUGAUAGUGAUUAUCGCGAUGAUAUGCGGUGGGUGUUUCUUCGUGCUCGUUCUAUCGGUGGACGGUAACGUCAUACUGGCGUUCAGUUACCUCUUGGGCAUCGUGAUAUCCAACGUGCCCGAGGUCCUGCUGAUCACCGUUACGACGAGUUUGACCCUGUCCGCAAAAAAAAUGGCCGACAAAAAUUGCCUGGUGAAGAACCUCGAGGCUGUCGAGACCCUCGGCUCGACCUCGACCAUAUGCUCGGACAAGACGGGCACUCUCACCCAGAACAAGAUGACGGUGUCGAAUCUUUGGUUCGGCAACGCCCGCCAUCAUUUCCCGCCCAAUACCUUGCUGGGCGUAGAGAGGGAUCUAUUGCUCGAGAAGCCGGCUUUCAACAUCUUCAUCAAGGACGCGACCCUGUGCUUGAGGGCCGAAUUCAGGGAUGAGCCCGACCCUUCUCAGCUCGUUCUCAUCGAGGAGCGACGAGUUAUCGGCGACGCCUCGGAAACUGGUAUUUUGAAAUUUUGCGAACACAUAUGGCCGACGAAGGCCUUUCGCGCGGCGUAUCCGAAAGUCGCUGAAAUUCCAUUCAACUCGGCGACAAAGUAUCAACUAUCGAUUCACAAGGACGUCAAUGGCUUUAUCGUGAUAGUCAAGGGUGCACCCGAGGUGGUGAUUGAUUUUUGUACCACGAUAAUGGCUGCUGACGGCUCGACGCGCGACAUAACACCCGAGGAUUCGGAGGAGGUGAAGAAAGCUUGCACGGAGAUGGGCUUUCUCGGCGAACGAGUGCUCGCCUACUGCGACUACGUGCUCCCAGUCGAUCCUUACAACUCGGACUACGAGUUCAACACGAGCAGCCCGGAAAAUUACAACUUUCCAAUGCAAGAUUAUCGCUUCGUGGGCCUGGUAAGCCUGGUAGAUCCGCCGAGGCCCUUCGUCUACGAGGCGGUGCACAAAUGCCGUAGCGCGGGUAUCAAAGUGAUCAUGGUGACGGGUGAUCAUCCAGUGACUGCGAUAGCGAUUGCCAAACUGGUGGGUAUCAUAAGCGAGGGUCACGAGACGCACUACGAAAAGAGCUUACCGCACGCCCGAGCUCACUCGAUUAAAUCCGGCUUGGAGGACGAAGCCGUCGUCAUCACCGGCAAUGAGCUUCGAAACAUGAACGAGUUCGAGCUGGAUUACACGAUAAGGCAUUACGAGGAAAUAGUGUUUGCCAGAACUUCGCCCCAGCAAAAGCUCUUUAUCGUCGAAAGCUUGCAAAGACUUGGGGAAAUCGUUGCAGUAACGGGUGAUGGGGUGAACGAUUCUCCGGCUCUGCGGAAGGCGGACAUUGGCGUAGCAAUGGGCAUAGCUGGCUCGGACGUGGCCAAAAACGCGGCCGACAUGAUACUGAUGGAUGACAAUUUUGCCUCUAUCGUCACCGGAAUCGAGGAAGGCCGGUUGAUAUUUGACAAUCUGAAAAAGUCAAUCGCCUACACGUUGACCUCGAGUGUGCCCGAAAUGCUGCCGAUGCUCGCGAGCGUGAUAUUUUCCAUUCCCUUGCCCUUUGUUCUUGAGCUCGUUAUGUGUGUCGACAUUGGCACGGAUCUUUUGCCCGCAAUAGCACUGGCUUAUGAAAAAGCUGAGUCUGAUAUAAUGCACAGAACACCCAGGAAUCCCCAGUACGAUAAAUUAGUGAAUAAAAGACUGAUUUCGAUGACCUAUGGGCAAAUUGGCAUGACGCAGGCAAUGGCUGGCUUUUACACGUAUUACUGCAUUCUCAUGUUUCACGGUUUCUUGCCGCAGGAUCUUUUUGGCUUGCGGGCAGCUUGGGAAAAUCGAGCGAUUGAUGAUCUCAAAGAUUCUUAUGGCCAGACUUGGGACUACCAAAGCCGAAUGGAUUUACUGAAUGAGGCGAGAACUGGAUACUUUUUAUCGAUUGUUAUUACGCAAAUGGUGGAUUUAAUAAUGUGCAAAACAAGAAAAAACUCCAUCAUUCAACAGGGCAUGAGCAACUGGUCCGUGAAUUUUGCUUUCGUUUUCGAAGCGGCUUUAACAUGUGCCUUACUUUACAUUCCCGGUACAGAAAAAAUGUUCAAGACCAUGCCUUUGGACUUAUUUUGGUACUGGCCAUGCCUACCACUGGCUCUUUUAUUGUGGGUUUAUGACGAAUUUAGAAGAUUAUGGAUAAGAACCAACCCAGGUUGUUUCCUCGAAAGAGAAACUUAUUACUAG